UUUUGUUUGUUCUAAAUUUUUUCAGCUUCAAAAAGUCUGUCACGUACUUAUUUGACAUUUGCUUUUCAUUUAUUUAUAUACAUAGACAGAAAAUUAGGUCAAGUUUUGACGUUUUAAAGUACAGGUUAGGUUCGCUCGCCCCAAAAACGUCAGUACUCGGACCAAAAUUGAUUUAUGGUUUUUAAACAUACACAUACACACAACAAUGGUGGUGCCGGUGAUAUUUGUAGGUUAAAAAAUUUGUGUGAUUUCAAUAAUAUUUAUAGGCAAUCAGUGAAAAUCGUGAAAAUUUAAGGGGUAAAGAAAAUGGACAAUAGAAUUGCAAUAUUUGAUCCGAACGAAGAUGAGGUUAACGAUGAAAUUUUCAACGACAUUGAACCAAUUCCAUGGGUUAACGACGAUACAAAUUAUGAUUUGGACGAUAUCAACAUGUUUUUCCAUAGGGUGGAUUCCGAUCAAAUUAUUUAUCAGGAGAAAAAGAAGAAAUGCAAAUUUAUUGGAAAAUACGUGAUGGGCGAUUUACUCGGUGAAGGUAGUUAUGGUAAAGUUAAAGAGAUGCUCGACUCCGAGACCCUUUGCAGGAGGGCUGUUAAAAUUUUAAAGAAACGAAAACUCCGGAGGAUACCCAACGGGGAAAGCAACGUACAAUCAGAAAUUCGAUUGUUAAGAAAAUUGAAACACAAAAAUGUGAUUGAUCUCGUGGACGUGUUGUAUAACGAUGAGAAGGAGAAAAUGUAUCUAGUAAUGGAAUUCUGUGUAGGAGGUCUUCAGGAUAUGCUGGAAAGUUCGCCUUGUAAAAAGUUUCCCCUCUGGCAAGCGCAUGGUUACUUUUCCCAACUGCUUGAUGGAUUGGAAUAUCUUCAUGGCACGGGAAUUGUUCACAAGGACAUAAAACCGGGAAAUCUACUUCUAACACUUGAGAGAACUCUUAAAAUCAGCGAUUUCGGAGUUGCCGAGGCGUUAGACAUGUUUGCCAAAGACGACACAUGCACAACAGGACAAGGCUCACCGGCUUUUCAACCUCCGGAAAUAGCAAAUGGCUGUGACACGUUUGCAGGUUUUAAAGUAGAUAUAUGGAGUAGUGGUGUAACUUUAUAUAAUUUUACGACUGGCGUGUAUCCUUUCGAGGGGGAUAAUAUUUAUAAAUUAUAUGAGAAUAUAGGAAAGGGUGUUUAUACAAUUCCUGAUGAGAUUGAUGAUUGUUUAAAAUCACUCUUGGCGGGAAUGCUGGAGAAAGAUGUAGACAAAAGAUUUUCCCUGCAGGAAAUACGAAGACAUCCUUGGAUAAUAAGUAGACCACAAAAAACAUUAGAAGAAGUGCCAAUACCACCUCUUCGAGGUGACGAAUGGCACACAAUGACUGCACUGCCGUACCUGAUGGAACAUCACUAUGGAACUGAUAACAAUUCUACAUAUUUUACCGAACACCAGCUCAAUGAGGAACGAAGACUUCAGGAAUUGGAGGAUGUGAGUGGCGAUAUUAGAAGUACUUCAAACAGUCACAGUGGCAAGGCAAAUAAUCAUCAAAAUAAGCGACGAUGGCGCAAAACGAUAUCGUGUAUAAACGUAAGAAAAUUCCCAUCAUGUAAGACAUCGUGAUUUAACUUCUAUUUUAGUUUAUUUGUCACUUACGCGUUAAUUUCAUUUGACUAUGCUAGUCAAUUUUUUCCUUUACUGGCACUUGGCAGUACUAUGAAUUGUCAAAUGACAUUUCGAGAUAAAUAGAAAGAGAGAGAGAGAGAGAGAGAGAGAGAGAGAGAGAGAGAAAAAAAAAAUAUAAACAUUUGUGAUAUUAAUAUAAAGUAGUUAAAUAUGACACUGUCUUUCAUGUGCCAUGAUAAAGAAAAAAAAAUAUUAUUGAUUAUAAUGACGCCUCUUGUUACACUAAUUUAUAGAGAAUUCGUUUUUUAUAUAAUAUACGCUUGAAUAAUUCUUCGAGAGAAGAUCAAUAAUUCAUUUUUCCAGUCGAUUUGACGCAAAAAAAAUUCAUUUGCUUCUUUUAUCGACUUUUUUUUAUAAUAUUGUUCCUCACUUUUCUUUCUUUGUUUAUUUUCAUCUGUAUAACAGAUUGUUUAUUUUAUGAAAAUUUUAACAACGAAGAAACAUCUGGGAUAAUAAUGUUAAACUCUCGAAAUAAUUAAAUUCGGAAAAAAAUGCAUUAAUAUGAAAACAAAAUAAGAUAUAUACCGAAAAUUUUUAAGAAUUAAAAUAGAUUUGACAAUGUACAGCACUUUAUUCAUUUAGCAGUAUUAAGAAGAAAGGAAGUGUUUCUGUAAACAACUGCCUUUUAGAAAUUGCGAGCCCUUCUGCAAAUUCUAUUAUUUUAAUUUCACAAAAAAUAUCAUUUUUCGAAUAUUUUUAUUAUUUUCAAAAAAUCAAUUUGAUUUUUCUUUUAUUAAAGUUGACUAAUUUUAUGUAACUUGCAAUUUUUUAUUAAGUUCAAUUUUAAUUCAUUUUAUAAAAUUUAUAAAAUUUACAAAAUAAUUUCUAUUAAACUUCUUGUUUAAAUUUUUGAAUGAAAUUAUAAAAAAAUCGUCUGCUGAAAAAAUAGAGUUUUUGCGAAAAUUGUCUCCAAUUCUCGACUAACUCUUUUUGAUCUACUUAUUUUCAUCAUCAUCUUUAAAAAUUGAAAAAAAAAACUGCCGUUUUUGUUCUACUUAUAGAAAAUUCAUUACUUCAAAUCUUUUUUAUAGUCAUUUUACAUUAUUGUUAACACAUGACUGUGCCAUGUAACUUAAAAAGAACAUUAAUAAAAUUAUUGUUCUUCUUCACUAAUAGAAGUAGAAGAAAAGAAAAUAGAAAAAAUUAUCUCAAUGUUUAAAAAGAAUCAUUAGAAAAAAAAAGUUGAUCAUUAUUUGUAAAGCUGUGUGUUAUUUAAUAUAAAACAAGAAAAAAAAAUUGUAAUUUGAAUUAAUUAUUGAAAUAAUCAACUAUAGGUAAACGUUGAAAUGUGUUUAUUAAUUCAGAGAGAUUUACAAGAAAAAAAAUUGUUUUUCCCUGUGUGUUCAAAUUUUUUCUAUUACAAAUAUGCACAAAUUAUGUAUUUAAAAAUGUAUAACGUAUUUUUUCUAAUUAUUGAAUUUAUCGCUUUCAAAAAAAAUCCAUGUAGCUAAAAAAUACCAUUGUAUCUUGCGGGAUGAAAUAUUAUCAGUAUUAUGAAAAUAACUGAACUCUACACAGUUAAAUUUUAUGAAAAGAUAAAUUUUUAAUUUGUAAUUGAGCGGAAAUUUUUUUGUCAAAAUUUGUUAAUGCUUUUGUUCUCUUCGUCUCAAAGAAAUUAAAAGAAACAAUAGAAAAAAUUGUAUAAAUUGUGAAUAUUGAUAUGUAAAAUAAGAACAAUAUUUUUACUUUAUUGAAUAUGUGAAACACUGGAGAGCAUUAAAAUAUAUCAAAUUCUUUUUUUAAAAAA